AUGGCAUCACAGAAGCUUUCUCAGAUUCUGAAGGACAGGAAUCUAGCUUCAAAUAACAUCAGAACGAUUCCCGAUUUUGCCUUCCAGAAUCUUAAGAAACUUAACAUUUUAUGCCUUGAAAACAAUGAGAUUGAAUAUAUGGGCCGAAAUGCAUUUGAAGGACUUGUUUCACUGAAGGUGUUAGAAAUCAAUGGAAACCAGCUGCUCGAGCUUCCUUUGGCUCUGUCUAGUCUGCCGAAUCUAAAAGAACUAACAUUAUCAGAGAUUCAGCUCUUAGAAGAUUUUCCAGACAUAGCGGGCACUUCAUCUUUAGAACACUUGAGGAUCGACAGAGCAAAGCUAAGCUAUGUUCCUGCUGACUUAUGCAUCACAACACCAAGUUUAAGGAGCUUUGAUCUUAGUUACAAUGCCAUAGAAUCUAUUGAUGAAAACCUUUUCGUCGAUCAAGGAAAUCUAAUUGAUCUGUUUCUUAGUCAUAAUUUAAUCUCAAGAAUCCUGAAAAACAGCUUUCUUGGACUUUCCAGCCUUCAAGUAUUAGAUUUGGAAAGCAACGAAAUCGAAGACAUACAUCCUGAUGCUUUCGUUCAUUUUAAAGACCUGAGAGAUUUAAAUCUGGGAGCUAAUUCGUUUCCAAAAUUGCCAACUCAAGGACUUGAAAAUUUAAGACAACUUAAAACGUUCAAUAAUAGGAACUUGAAAGAAUUUCCUCCAGUAGAAACAUUUCCAAGGAUAAAUACGCUCGCUUUGUCGUAUGCCUAUCAUUGUUGUGAAUUCAUAGCCUCGGCUGGACGUAGGACUUCCUCACCAAGAUCAUCAACUUCUCUUCAAGAAACGAUUGUAUGGCUGUCAAAGGAUGAUGUUGACAUGGCUUCUUGGAAAAACUCAAAUUUAACUGACAUUUGGCCGGGAUCGGAGGAACAAAUGCUUCAUCGUAAUUUUUCUACAAAAUUUGAGGAGCUUGCGAAUCAGCUAUUUAAGACAUUUGGAAGAGACUACACAAUACCUGACAAUCUGGCUCAAUAUGCCGAAGAAUAUUUCGAAGAUUACAAGUCAGCAUUCAACAAUGAAGAAAAUCCCUUGGCACGAUUUUCACUUCAAUGUUUGCCUGAACCAGGUCCUUUCAUGCCUUGUGAAGACCUUUUUGGGUGGUGGAGCCUUCGUUGUGGCGUCUGGGUGGUGUUUCUGCUCGCUCUGCUAGGAAACGGAAUAGUUGUAAUAGUUCUCAUUAUUGGGCGAACACAAUUAUCAAUAAUGCUAGAAUCAGGAACUUUCUUACCACCUCUUUCUGUUCGUGUCUUAGUAUCUGCAAUUAAAUGGCAAACAUCAAUUGGCUGUGAAGUUGCAGGAUUCCUGGGUGUCUUAAGUAGUGAAUUAUCAGUGUUCACACUUUCAGUAAUUACCUUAGAGAGGAAUUAUGCAAUUACUCAUGCAAUGCACCUGAAUAAGAGACUCUCAUUACGUCAUGCAGGUUAUAUAAUGUUCGCUGGAUGGACAUUUGCAAGCGCAAUGGCUGCAAUGCCUCUUUUCGGAGUCAGUGAUUAUAAAAAAUUCGCCAUUUGUCUGCCAUUUGAAACUGAAGAUGUUUAUUCUCUAAGUUACGUCAUCUUUCUAAUUCUAAUAAAUGGAGUGGCAUUUCUUAUACUAAUGGGCUGCUAUUUGAAAAUGUAUUGUGCAAUAAGAGGUUCUCAAGCAUGGAAUUCCAACGAUUCUAGAAUUGCCAGACGAAUGGCAUUACUUGUAUUUACAGAUUUCAUUUGCUGGGCUCCAAUAGCCUUCUUCUCGCUAACAGCUGUGUGUGGACUGCAACUGAUAUCAUUAGAAGAAGCAAAGGUUUUCGCCAUCUUUGUAUUGCCGCUAAACAGCUGCGCCAACCCCUUCCUUUACGCCAUAUUUACCAAACAGUUCAAAAAAGACUGCAUUCAUAUUUGUAAGAGAAUCGAAGAAUCCCGUGUAACUAGAGGGAUAGGCAGAGGUAGACAUAGUUCCAAUUUUUCGAACAGACAGACUCCUGUUACUACGAAUUCAGCUGCCGCUGCUGCUGGACAAGGAAGUGACGGCGAUCCACAGCGAUGCCGCAACCCGUCUACGGAUGUUUGUCAUUGUAGCAAAACGCCGUGGAAGAGCAAGAAAAGAUCACGUACUGGUUGGAAGGAGUGGGCUAUCAAAUACUUUUUGUGCAGAAGAAAGAAUUCGGAGCAAAAUCAGCAGGAUGGGUUUACUUACGCCAUAGCUCAAAUACAGAGAAACAUGGAAAAAAGGAACAAACAUGCAACUAGCAUCUCCAGCGAAAAUUUUUCUUCGCGCUCGGACAGUUGGAGGCAAGGGAACAUACCACUUCGUUUGUUGGAUCAUGAAACACGACGAGGUUCUUGGUCACUUCAAAGGAAAGCAUCGGAAGAUUCCAACAUGUCUUGUAGCCGUCAAGAUUCAUCAACAUCGACAUUCCACAUGUCACGUUCAAGUUUUAGCAGUGAUAGUUCCUCUCAACCUCGAUCAUCUAGACCAUUGCUGGGCAAUGCAAUAAUAAAUAACCGAGAAUCCUUUCGAACAGGAAGAGAAAAUAAACCAAAAUUAUGCAGACAAGGAGCCGUGACCGAUGAACGAACACAGGCUCUAACCAGACAUGAACUGGGUCGGAAUUUGUCAAAAGAAAGAAGCGUGGACGGACUAUGUCCUGUCUGCGCAAGAAAAGAAGGUUUUAAGAGUAAAGAACUGGAAGAGAAAUUUGCUUGUUUUUAUAAUCGUUUAGUUGAAAGCAGUUAUGGAGAAAGCAGCGAUACAUAUUCGUCAAAAGAGGAUCAGAUAGUUUUAUCAA